CCGACGGCAAAAUAACAAACAAACGAAAUCAAAAAGAAUUUGUGCAUGUCAUUCAUUCGUUUCUAAAACUUGUUUUUAAAUUACUUUAAAAUAAUACUUAUUUCAAGAUGAUGAGCGUAAAUGAAAACUUUCCCGAGUAUGCCGUCCCUGGAGCCAAGCAGGUGCGUUUCGAGCCAUACGCAGACAACGGUGGAAGUAUUGUGGCCAUCGCCGGUGAUGACUAUGCAGUGAUCGGAGCCGACACACGACUCAGCACCGGCUUCUCUAUUUACACGAGGGAACAGAGGAAGCUGUUCAAAUUGUCCGAGAGCACUGUGCUGGGAGCAACAGGUUGCUGGUGCGAUACCCUCACUUUGACCAGAUUGUUGCAGGCGCGUAUGCAAAUGUACUCACACGAGCAUAAUAAGACCAUGUCGACGCCUGCCGUCGCGCAAAUGCUAUCCACAAUGUUGUAUUACAAACGUUUCUUCCCAUAUUACGUGUCAAAUGUGUUGGCUGGUCUAGAUGCUGAUGGAAAAGGCUGUGUUUACAGCUAUGAUCCCAUCGGGCACUGCGAGCGUUCGAACUACAGGGCAGGAGGCUCCGCAGGCGCCCAGCUGCAGCCUCUGCUGGACAAUCAGAUUGGUUUAAAGAACAUGCAGAAUGUCACGGAAGCUCCCCUGCCCAGGGAGAAAGCUCUGGCGCUGCUGAAGGAUGUCUUCAUUAGUGCUGCUGAAAGAGACAUCUACACAGGCGACAGUAUCUUCAUCCUUGUCAUCACAGCAAAUGGCAUCCAGGAGGAGAAGUUUGAACUGCGUAAAGAUUAAUCUCUAUUUGGUACCAUGAAUAAAUAUUUUCUAAUUAAGUUA